AUGGGUGGAGAAGCUCAUGUCACCCCCAUCCUGGCUACCAAGACCCUCCCAGUACUAUCCGAGCGCCCGGUCGGUCAGCGCAUCACGAAGAUCUACACCGACCGACUGAAGCAGUUCACAGAAAAAGGCCAAUAUGCAGGUCAAAAUCUCGUCUCCAAAUUCUUUGAAGCAACCAACUCCGACGAAGACCAUGUCAAGCUAUCAGUGUAUUCGGUCCCCAACCUGGAACGGCCGACGUUCGAAGAAGCAACGUCCCACGAAUUCACACCUACGCAUGUCGGAGAAUCAUUCGGACCCAGCUGGUCUACGCAUUGGUUUCGCAUCAAAUUGACCGUCCCUGAGGAUAUGCGACAAAAAGAACGACUCGAGUUUCACUGGGACGCUCACAAUGAGGGACUAGUAUGGACAGAGGACGGUCAUCCAUUGCAAGGUCUUACCGGUGGCGGCGAACGAAUCGAAUGGAUUAUCCCUGAUGCAUGGCGCGAUGGAAAGGAACACACAUUUUACAUCGAAAUGGCUUGCAAUGGCAUGUUCGGAAAUGCUCCCGGGGGCGACUCGAUCCAACCGCCGAAGCCGGACAAGUCGUACCAACUCACGACAGCACGAAUUACCGCUGUGAAUCUGGCCGCACGCGCACUCUUUUACGAUUUCUGGAUUAUCGGUGAUGCUGCUCGCGAGUUCCCUGGUGACUCUUGGGAGGCACAUGAGGCGAAUGUGGUCGGAAAUGCUAUCAUCGAUGCUUUCACUGCAGGCAAUGGAAGCCAAGAGUCCAUCCUUGAGGGCAGAAAAAUCGCUCAAAAGUAUCUUGGUGACAAGGUGGAUUCUUCGGAUGUCUAUAAGGCAGACACGAAUCCAUUUGUGUUUGCCAUUGGCCAUUGCCACAUUGAUACUUGCUGGCUGUGGCCCUGGGCAGAGACUAAGCGGAAGGUCGCGCGCUCCUGGUCGAACCAAUGCGAUUUGAUGGAUAGGUACCCAGAGCACCGAUUCACUUGCUCACAGGCUCAGCAAUUCAAGUGGCUUCAGCAAUACUAUCCGUCAGUGUUUGAUCGUGUGAAGCGGUGGGUGCGAAAAGGCCACUUCCAGCCAAUUGGUGGUAGUUGGGUCGAGCAUGAUACCAAUAUGCCAAGUGGAGAGUCUUUGGUCAGACAGUUCCUCUACGGUCAAAGAUUCUUCGAGAGUCAUUUUGGCAAGCGAUGCUCGACUUUCUGGUUGCCAGAUACGUUUGGUUACUCCACUCAAAUCCCCCAGAUUUGCCGCCUCGCCGGAAUGAGUCGCUUUUUUACUCAGAAGUUAAGUUGGAAUAACAUCAACACUUUCCCUCACACCACUUUCCAGUGGGUUUCGUUGGACGGUAGCCAAGUGCUGUGCCACAUGGCUCCUGCAGAGACAUAUACUGCUGAAGCUCACUUUGGUGAUCUUAAGCGCAGUGUCACACAGCAUAAAUCAUUGGAUGCCGACAAGUCUUCCUUGCUAGUCUUUGGCAAAGGAGAUGGUGGCGGUGGGCCCACCUUUGAACACCUUGAGAAGCUUCGUCGCUGUCGUGGCCUUAGUGACAAGAUCGGUACUCUUCCCCGAGUCAAGAUGGGCGAGUCAGUUGACGACUUCUUUGACAAGCUGGAAGCAGCCGCUGCAGGUGAUACCCAGUUUGCCACAUGGUAUGGUGAGCUCUACUUCGAGCUCCACCGAGGUACAUACACUACCCAGGCCAACAAUAAGCGCAACAAUAGAAAGUCCGAGUUUUUGCUUCGAGAGAUCGAGCUUUUGGCUACAUUGGCUACCAUUCGUGGCAAUGAUGAGGAUUACCGGUACCCAAAGAAGGAGAUUGAUGGGAUGUGGGAGAACACUCUUCUUUGCCAAUUUCAUGACUGUCUGCCCGGUAGCUCAAUCGAGAUGUGCUAUGAUGACUCCGACAAACUCUAUGCUGAGGUUUUUAAAACUGGGACCAAAUUGCGCCAGGAUGCUCUGGCGGCCUUGGGAAUCACUAGUACCCUACGAAAUGAAGCCCUAGCGGCUAUCAACACCUUGCCUUGGUCUCGGUCGGAAGUGGUCAAGAUCCCUGAGUCUAUUAACACGGCUUCUGGUUCUAAGUACGCACUUAUCGACGGUAAGAUGGGUGUGGUGUCAUGCCAAGACGUUAAUUUCCAGACCACCAGCUCGGUGACCAUAGCAGAAACUCAACCUGGAGUUUUCCGUCUUGAUAACGGCAAGCUCAGGGUUGAUGUCCAAGAUGGAGUCAUUACUUCAUUGUUUGAUGUCGAGGCCCAAAGGCAAAUCAUCGCAAAAGGCGGCAAGGCUGGUCAACUAGUGAUCUUUGAUGACAAGCCUCUGUAUUGGCAAGCUUGGGAUGUCGAGGUCUUCCACCUAGAAUCACGAAAGGAGCUUCCUCGAGGCAAGACUGUCAUUGCAGAGAACGAUCCCCACCGAGUAAGCUUGGUGACGGAGACCAAGAUCAGUGAUAAGAGCUGGAUCAGAACCACCAUCAGUUUGUCGGCCUCGGUAUCCUCCGAGCCCUCAUAUAUUGAAUUUGAAAGCGAGGUUGAGUGGCGGGAGACCAUGAAGUUCCUCAAGGUUGAGUUCCCCGUUGAUAUUACCAACACUGAAGCCUCCUAUGAGACUCAAUAUGGUAUCAUUCGUCGCCCGACCCACUACAACACAAGCUGGGACAUGGCCAAGUUCGAAGUCUGCUGCCACAAAUGGGCAGAUCUUUCUGAGAACGGAUACGGUGUUUCGGUUCUCAAUGACUCGAAGUACGGGUUCGCAACAUGCGGCAACCUCAUGCGUCUCUCGCUACUCCGUGCUCCCAAGGCUCCAGACGCCCAUGCAGAUAUGGGCCGCCAUCGCAUCCGCUACGCCAUCCUUCCACACGCUGGUCCGCUCGACGAGCGUACCAUUCGUGCCGGUUACAACUUCAACCAGCCGCUUGUUGUUGAGAAGGUCAGUUCCCAUGCGGUAAACCACGUUGACUUCAGUGGCGUUUCGAUCGAGGGCGCACCUUCCGUGAUCUUGGAUGCCUUCAAGCGAGGUGAAGAUGAUGAGGAUGUUUCCACUGGGGAGAUCGCUGCUCGUAGUGGAAGGAGUGUCAUUAUUCGUGUUUAUGAGUCGCUUGGUGGUAAAGCUCUUGGAGCUAUCAAGAGUACUUUCCCUGUCAAGCGAGUCUGGAAAUGCAAUGUCCUCGAGGACGAUGAGGAAGAAAUGGAUUUCGUGCAGAUGGUUGAUAGCGUUGAGGUGGGCUUUACGCUACGGGCAUUCGAGAUCGCUACUUUCCGAUUGCAGCUGUGA